UCCGUGUGCGCGCUCCCGCUCACAGCAGGCGCGCCCACGACAUUACAGGAAAUCGUUUACGUUAGUAGCGAGCGACGAGAAGAAGAGAAAACUUGUGGGUUAACUCCGCUCGCAGAACUUCAGUGCUCAGGCCUUUGUACAAAGAGAUCUGAAGAUGUCGUCAGGUGCUCUCUUUCCAAGCUUGGUGAGUGGCUCCAGGGGAAGCUCCAGCAAGUACCUGGUGGAGUUUCGUGCUGGUAAAAUGAGCCUGAAGGGGAAUGUAGUGACACCGGACAAGCGCAAGGGCACGGUGUACAUCCAGCAGUCCGACGACUCCUUGAUUCACUUCUGCUGGAAAGACAGGACGACCGGGAAUGUUGAUGAUGACCUGAUCAUCUUCCCCGAUGACUGUGAAUUCAAGAGGGUGAACCAGUGCACCACUGGACGUGUCUACGUGCUUAAGUUUAAAGCUGGAUCCAAGAGACUGUUCUUCUGGAUGCAGGAGCCCAAGACAGACAAGGAUGAUGAGUACUGUCGUAAGGUGAACGAGUACCUGAACAACCCCCCUAUUCCUGGAGCACCAGGCAGCGGAGGCGGCAGCGGCCACGAACUCUCCGCACUCGGAGGAGAGGGAAGCCUGCAAAACCUGCUGGGAAACAUGAGCCACAACCAGCUGAUGCAGCUGAUUGGACCAACAGGGCUGGGUGGACUGGGAGGCCUGGGAGCUCUAGCAGGACCAGGACUUGCCAACCUGCUGGGCAGCGGAGGACCAGCCACAAGCAGCUCCUCAUCCAGCUCUCGUAGCCAAUCAGCAGCAGCCACUCCGUCAUCGGGCGGAGCCCCCAGACUGAGCUCCUCUCAGGCCCCCACCACCCCUGUGACUCCUGCUGCCUCAGCUGUGUCACCCACUGGUGUUGCUCCCUCCAUGCCAGCUCAGACUCCCCUGGCCCCAGCCUCUGUUGGAAGCCCUGCCGCUCACCAGCCCAUCCAGCUUAGUGACCUUCAGAGCAUCCUCGCCACCAUGAAUGUCCCAGCAUCAGCAGGUGCUCAGGGACCAUCAGUGGACCUAGCAAGUGUCUGCACCCCGGAGAUGAUGGCUCCCAUCCUGACCAAUGCUGAGGUCCAGCAGAGGCUCCUGCCCUUCCUCCCCAGCGGAGAGAGUUUACUGCAGAGCACCGAGGAGAUCCAGAACACACUCAACUCACCCCAGUUCCAGCAGUCCAUGAGUAUGUUCAGCAGUGCCUUGGCCUCUGGGCAGCUUGGUCCUCUCAUGAGUCAGUUUGGUCUGCCGGCUGAGGCCGUGGAUGCCGCCAACAGAGGAGAUGUGGAGGCGUUUGCCAGAGCCAUGCAGGGCAGCAGAGGCGACUCCAAAGAGAAGAAAGAGGACGACGAAGACAUGAGUCUGGAUUAGAGCUCAACCUGCUGAACCUCAGUGAACUGAUUCCUUUUCUCUCCUUUUCUUUGCCUCCUCUCUGCGAUGUUAUCUUCUACUUUUCUAUACCAAAGGCACCACUCUGCUCCUUCUUUGGAUGAACACCACAGGAUUAGCAAAGCUGUAAAGAGACAUUAGGCCAGUUUUCCCACAGUGGUCACAGAUCAGCAGUUUGACCUGACUGUGUUUUAUCAACAGUUGUUUUGUUCUACUGACCAUUAGUGUUACUCUGACAGUUUUAUAAAGACACAGGGGAACCGUGUUGUGACUAAGCCUUAAGUUUGAUUUUGUUUUCUUUCUGUAUUUCUGUUGUUACACCACAGUUCAGACUGUGAAUGAGUGAUGAUUUUCUGUGAUUUACUCUUCAUAAUAAAAAGAAAAAUCUUAACUCGCAAA